UCCUACUGUACCGUACACACUGCCGUCUCAGGAACCGCGGCGAGUCGGUCGUCAACAGAAACAUGGCUGCCUCUGCAACGGGGGAAGCUAACAACAACGGUAACGUUUCCUCCCUGAGACCAAAAUGCAGCGAAGAAGCUCUUUCACAGCAAAGAGAAAUUAUCCAACCGUCUGUCGUGGAGCUAACCAAAGAAGUGCGGACUAAUAUCCUCUGUACUGUGGAGGGAUGUGGGAAGAUUCUCCCAAACACGCCAGCGCUGAACAUGCAUCUAGUGAAGUCUCACGGAGUAAAGGAUGGUCUCAUCAACCCGACAGUGAGGAAGGAUAUGAAGGGGAGUCAGAAGCUGUACUGCUGCCCCAUCGAAGGCUGUCCUCGCGGACGCAAUCGCCCCUUCUCCCAGUUCUCCCUGGUCAAACAGCACUUUAUGAAGAUGCACGCUGAGAAGAAGCACAAGUGUUCCAAGUGCAGCAACGGCUACAGCACAGAGUGGGACCUUAGGCGCCACACGGAAGACUGCGGCAAGACCUACUGCUGCACCUGCGGCUGCCCGUACGCCAGCAGGGCGGCGCUGUUGUCUCACAUCUACAGGACUGGCCACGAGGUUCCCACAGAGCACAGGUACCCGCCUGUGAAAAAGCGUAAGAUGGAGAAGCUGAUUGGUGGAGCCGCAAAGGUGAAAGCCAGCGAUUGGCCGUGCCAGCAGAUGAGCUCCGACUGCCAUCUCUCCUUCGCCUCCGACGUCCUGGAUCCCAUGAAACACAACUCCAACACCCCCAGAACCUUCCAGAAGGUUCUCCUGCCCAAGCCCAAGGUGGCAGUGGUGAACGUGCCAGUCAUCCAGCUGGCUCACCUCCCCGUCCUCCUGCCCUCCGACAGCGGGGCGCUGCGCUCCGUCGUCCUGGCUGUGGACAGCCACGGCUCCCUCAGCACGCUCCAUCUGCUGCCCCAGUCCAUGGCAGCCGUGGUGCCCCACCUGGACCCCAGGACGCUGGGCUUCCGGGGUAGCAUGCAGGCCUCCCGCUCCAGCCUGGGUCCUAUCAGCACGGGGGUGCAGGUCAGUCUGGAGCCAGUGGGUCUGGCGGACGAUCCAGCCAGCUGUCUAGGGGGGCAGCGAGGGAGAAGCACCUCCACCAAUAUCCAGACGGACAUGUCCUUCCUGGCCAGGGAGGCUGUGGGGCUGGGGGUCGGGGGGCUGGGGGCUGGAGGGGAGUCCUCAGUGUCCUCCUGCUCCCAGACAGACAUCAGCGUCAGCGCUCAGGUUCUUCUGCCGGUCAGCGUGGAGACCCAGACCUUCUCCUCCAGGACCAAAGCCACCUCCACCAUCGCGGCCCAGACGGAGAACCACGUCCUGGGGCAGCUGGCCUCGUCCUCGUCCCCCUCCACCACCAGGCAGACCCAGACCAGGGAGCGGGCUGAGGAGAGGGUGCAGUUAGACCAGGCCAUCGCUUGCUCCCACCUGUUCGAAGGCGACUCCCUCAGCGUCUCCACCCAGACGGCGCUGUCCGACGACGCGUUCCCAACCCACCACCACAACCUCUACGGCGAGCAGGAGGAGGAGAAGUCGGCGGGGGGGAUGUGUUUUGGCGUGCAGACGGACGAUCUCCAGGCGAGCGGCGUUGCCGACAACCAGACCCAGACCAUGGCGCUGAUCAACGACCUGGCCAACAUCCUGUCCGACAGCAUGGCCGCCCACCAAGGUCUGACGGACGGCUCCUCUGGAUCCUCCGCCCCCCACGCCGCCAUCGACUUUGACUUUGAGGAGUUCCUGAACGCCGUGCACAUCCAGACUCAGACGGAGGAGAGCGAGCUGUCCGCGCCCCUGGAGUCCCUGGACACCCACACGCAGACCGACUUCCUGCUGCUGGAGGGGCUAGCGGCGGCAGGCGAGGGCGAGGCCCGCAGCGACCUGGAGCUGGAGAUGUUCGACACGCAGACGCAGACCGACCUCAACUUCCUGCUGAGCGCCGGCUCCGGACACGUGCCCCUGGGGAACAUCUUGCGCCAGUCCAGCUUCUCCAUGAGCACCGAGUCAUCCGACAACGAGACCCAGACCGACCUGCCGCCCUCGCCACCUCGCCCCCCACACCCAGCCCUGUCCGGAGGAGACCCCACCAGGAUGCUGAGCACCACGGAGACCCAGACGGCGAGCGGGCCGUCGGAGAGCCUCGGACACCUGUUCCUAACCAGCAACGAGACCCAGACCGUCAUGGACGACUUCCUGUCAGCUGACCUGGCCUGGAACGUCGAGUCUCACUUCAGCUCUGUGGAGACCCAGACCUGCCAGGAGCUGUUUGGGCUUUUCCAGAACCCAGACAAACCCAACAGCUGAACCCCCUCCCCCCUCCUCCCCACCACACCCACACAGGGGCUACCUCACGCCCCCCCUCACCCCCCUCAAACAUGACAGGCUGCUGGUGUCUGGUGUCUCCUCUCUUCACCCCUCCCCAGAGUGGCCAGACAGCUUAUCUCCAUCCCCUGGACAGUCCACUGCCUAUAGAGGACUGUCAGACAGACACACAUUCUUAAGGAGGGAGACUUCUCAGUCUAAGAGUCUAGGAACAUUCCACUGUGGGGGUCGGAACAUGCCCAGGGAAAACACACCCCUCACACACACACACAAUAUUAAUAGCACUUUAUUAGUUGACAGGCAUGAUUAUCCCCCCCCCCCCACACACACACACACACACAUACACACACCUGGCCAGUACACGUUUAUUUGCACAUAUGAUGACAUACUACUACAUGCGUAUUUUCUCUUGAAAUGUCAGUGUAUUUCAACGUUUCAAAGCUCGAGCAGUAGCGCUAGCUGUCUCGUUUGCUGUAAUGGGAAGGUAAGGUGAACCCUGAUCAUCCUACUCAGUGGCUAUAGCCACCAAGAAUCUUGUUGAGAUGGGACUGGUAUUUCUAGUCUUGUAAUAUCUCUUUCAUCCCCGUAAGGUCACUGUCCUGAACAUCCCCGGGGCAAUCAGUUAGGUAGCACUAGCAGACAACGCUGUCAUCGUCGAUGAUUUAUUCAUUAGCUGGCCGUAAGUGUAUAGGCUACGUUAGCGGUUCACUGUGUAGGUAAUACGAUGCUAUCUAAAAACCAGUACACGGCUUAGAUCUAGGUCUAGCUAUGCUAUCGUCACUGUGACUCUGUUGUGACCGUGUGUGUCCAGUAAUAUCGUCCAGGCCUCUUUGGGUCCGACUGAACUUUGAAUAUUGUUAUUCAGUUGACGGAAUAAACCCCUACCAUUUCAUCCCAAUGGGAUGGAGGAGUGGGGGGAAGUGUGCAAAUAUUGUGAUGAACUUGCUACUGGAAAACCACCUGUUUUGUCGUUUCUAAGUACUCUUAGGUACCUCAGUUGGACCACCCUGAUUCACAACUUUUUCGACAUCACUGCGACAUGGUAAUUGAAUGUGAACUCUAGAAAGAGAUCCCACGUUAUAAAGUAAUUCUUUUUUUGUUUAUGUAGGUGCCUUACAGCUAUCAUUUUGGGUUAUGUAUGUUGUUGGUCAGUACCCUGGUCAGUACCCUUAAACUGCUUUAAGAGGAAGAAAGACGAUCACAAUAAAAAAAAAUAGUACAUUGUUUUGGAUGUAGCCUAAACAACGGAAUAAUCAGUAUCCUUUUGGUCAUGUUUAAUUGGCAUGUUUGAAUCUUUGAUUAUUUUUGUUUCUACAGGUUUUCUGUUGCAUGAUCUGUUAGAAUGCCUUUGAUGAUCCGUAUUUAUAACUUGAUAGCGUCAUGUCAAGGUUCUUGAGUGCUAUGCAGUAUUUACACAGUCCGUAGAUUAUUUUAUAGUGCAGGACGGUACUGUUGGAACUUUUUACAUAGAAACUGCAGAAUGUACAUGACCCUGUGCCCAUUGUUUCCUUGGCUGUGUUUUGCACUGUUUCCAAAACCAUUAUAUGGGACUGUUUCCUUCUUACAAUGUAUAGCCUUUAAUUCUCUGCCUCCACAUUACAUGACUGUAUAUAUAUGUAUUAUUAUAUGGAAAACACUACUUCUAAUUUAUUGUCAAUUGGGUCUAAGUUGCGCUGAUAAAAGGAGAAAAAAAGAUAGCCUUCUUUAGAAAUGUGUAAACUAGCCUACGGUGUUAACUCGUUAAAGUGCUUGAUUGUCUUUAUUUCCUGGUAGGGAGCGCGAUGCAGCCUGUGCCAAGAUGGCGUCUUCAGUUGUGUCUGUCUGCUGCCUUUGUUUUGAUUGUUGUGUUUCUGUUGCUCAACUGUAUAGAAGAUCAUUGUUUUGUCAAAGCUAUGCUGCAGACGCUCUCAAUAAAUGAUUG